UCCAAAGAAUUUAAUUCAAGAGUCAAUACAAUUCUUCCAUUGCCAUAGUACUUCUAUCUUUUUUCUAAACCAUUUGAUAUCCAAAGUCCACUAUCUCGAUUAAUUUGAAUUCCUGUCAGUGCACUUCUAUUUCAAGUUAUUUCGUCACACUUAUCAAUAUAAAACCUAUCAACUUUAGACAAUGGAUACUGUGAUGAAAUUGGGAGCAGAAAGCCCAGUUGUGAUAUUCAGCAAGAACACUUGUUGCAUAUCUUACAGCAUCGAAACCCUAAUCCGAGAUUUUGGAGCGAAUCCAACAAUUUACAAGCUUGAUGAACUACCAAAUGGAAAUAAAAUAGAGAGAGCUUUGCUUCAAAUGGGAUGCAAGCAAAGUACACCAACAACAUUCAUUGGAAAGGAACUUAUCGGUGGAUCUAAUGAGGUCAUAAGUCUCAGCAUUAGGGGAAAGCUAAAGGAAUUGCUUAUCAAAGCUAAUGCUAUAUGGAUAUGAAAUAGCAUUAGAGGUAUUGAGUCUCCAAAAUCUGAGACGGAUCUAGAAUCUAAACAUAAUAGAUUCAAACUUUUUAGUUUUUACUAUUGAAUCCUUUGCACUUUUGAAAUUAGUAUAUAACCUAAUAAUUGAGGAAAUGUUAAUAUAUUGCCACAUAUAUUUAUAUUUC